AUGUGGACAGGUGAUCUCACACUGGACCCAAACACAGUUAUCAGAAACCUCUCUCUGUCUGAGGAGAACAGAAAGGUGUCAUUGGGAGGAGGAGACCCGCAGUAUCCUGAUCUCCCAGAGAGAUUUGAGUAUGAGCCACCGAUGUUGUGUAGAGAGGGUCUGUCUGGACGCUGUUACUGGGAGGUAGAGUGGAGGAGGGGAGGGGCUAGGAUAGGAGUGACAUAUAAAGGAAUCAACAGGAGAGGUGUUGACUGUUGUCUUGGAGACAAUGACAAGUCCUGGAGUCUGGACUGUUAUGGUGACAAUUACUCUGCCUGCCACAAUAACAAUACAACUGACAUACCUGUCACCUCCUCAGACUCCCACAGAGUAGGAGUGUAUCUGGACUGGCCAGCCGGCACUCUAUCCUUCUACAGGGUCUCCUCUGACACACUGACCCACCUGCACACAUUCAACACCACAUUCACUGAGCCCCUCUAUCCAGGGGUGUUCAGCUAG